AACAUUUUCAAUUUUUGUUUGAAGAAUAAAAUGCAAUUCACCUGGAAUCAGAAGGAUUUGAAUAUAUUUCCAGAUCGAAUGCAGAAUCUUCAAGGCGUUCAAUUGGCAGUACUAUUUGGAGGAGCUGAACCAGGAGUCACUUUAAUAGAAAAUGUAAACGGCAACACAAUAAUUGUUGGUUAUGUGGGGCAUAUUUUCAAUACCCUAGCAAGAAAACACAAUGCUAGAUUUGAUAUUUCGAAUGUAAAUAAUUCAAUUGAACCUUACGCCAUUCACCUACUUAUUUUAAAUGAAACAGUUGAUAUAUCAGGAACAGAUAUAAUUCUUUCAAAUUUUUCAAUUGAAUGGUACUCAUAUCCAUUUACAAUGUUGGAUUGGUGUGUAAUGCUGCCUGUGGAGCCAACCAUUCCGAUUUAUAAAGUGUUUGCGUUUGCUUUCCAGUGGGAAGCUUUUGUGCUAACCAUUGUUGUGUUUUUCUUAAUUUCUGUAUUGCUAACAAUUAUAUCCAAUUUCUCAGGAAUAUAUCGAGACUUCUGCGUAAGUGAUUUCUUUUUCAACAUCGAUUGUUUUCGUGGAAUGCUUGGACAAUCUUUUUCUGUAGCAACCAACACCUUUUACAGCACAAAAAUUGUCUAUUUGCUGAUAUUUCUGCUGGGAAUCAUAAUAGUUACUUCAUACGAUGCCUUUCUUCAGUCUUUCAUGACUCAACCUCCAAGGGAAAAUAUGAUUAAGUCUUUUUACGACCUACAAUCAUGUGGUCUCAAAAUAUAUCUAGCUGACGAUGAAAUCAAUACAUUAUAUAUAACGAGGCCUGAUUUCAUGGAAAACUAUUCAAAUGUAUUUCAAGGUGAAACCAACUUCGUGAGACUUAAACAAUUUCGAGAUAGUUUAAAUACUAAAUAUGCCUUCGCUUGUAAUUGGGCCCGUAUUUCAGAAUGUGAUGAAAUUUGUGGCCGCAGUGAUGCUGAAAAGAACGAAUGUUGCCGAGCUCACGGACAAGCUUUUCAUGCUAAUUGUCAUGGUGGAAUGAAUUGUUAUCAACGUUAG